UCUCUGUGCAAAUACUUUACCACUCUAUAUCAGUCCCGGCCCUCUCUCUCUCUCUCUCUCUCUCUCUCUCUGUUCCAAAGAGAGACACACCCAAGAAGAUGGAAUCCUCUAAGAUUUAUGCUCUCUUCCUCAUUUGCAUGCUCUUCAUCUCCUCGGUCACCCCAAUUCUUGGCUGUGGAUACUGUGGAAAGACCCCUACAAAGCACAAGCCACACAACCCUCCUAAAGGCCCCAUUGUUAAGCCCCCAAUUACCCGGCCGCCGGUGACUUUACCCCCGAUUGUAAAACCACCAGUGACUCUACCUCCGAUAGUGAAACCACCAGUGACUCUACCUCCGAUAGUGAAACCACCAGUGACUCUACCUCCGAUUGUAAAACCACCAGUGACUCUACCUCCGAUAGGGAAACCACCAGUGACUCUACCUCCGAUAGUGAACCCACCAGUGACUCUACCUCCGAUUGUUCCACCAGUGACUCUACCCCCAGUAGUAAAACCACCGGUGACUCUUCCCCCUGUGACUCUUCCCCCAGUUACACUCCCUCCAAUUCUGAACCCACCCGGAACUCCAACGCCACCAUUUGGAAAGCCGUGCCCGCCGCCCCCAGCAGCCAAGGAAACAUGCCCCAUUGACACGUUGAAACUGGGUGCUUGUGUGGAUCUUCUUGGUGGGUUGGUGCACAUUGGGCUUGGAGAUCCGGUGGUGAACGAGUGCUGCCCGGUGCUGCAAGGGCUUGUUGAGCUUGAGGCUGCGGUUUGCUUGUGCACCACUCUCAAGCUCAAGCUUCUCAACCUUAACAUCUAUGUACCACUUGCUCUCCAGCUCCUUGUAACUUGCGGGAAGACACCUCCUCCUGGUUACACCUGCUCUCUCUAGAAACAAGUUGCUAGAUUGAUGUUUGGACUGAUGGAAUCGACAUGAGAGGAUGUCGAGCCACAUCCCCCUCCUCCCCCACUCCCCAUUUAUAUCUCUUUAUCUGAAAAUGUUAUCUUUUUCUUGAUUUAUAUUCUGAUGUUUGCGAUCUUCAUUGUACACCAUUUGUUUUCUUAAUUAAGGGAUUGUUGCAUGUGUGUUUUGUCUCAGCUAGACAAGGAAGCAAUCAAAGAUGCUUUUCGAGUCUAA